AAUCCGUAUUUGGUAAGUAAGCCCACACCAUAUACUAGGUUUUAUUAGGCGCAUUAGUUUGGUGUAUACAAAAAGAAACCCUAGUCCGACGUAUGGAGGACUUGCCUGUGAGAUUUGUUAGAGAUGAUGUUGGGGAACGAUGCGGCGGAGACCUCUAAAAUAGAGGUGUGGUGGGACAUGAAGGACUGUCCGAUUCCGGAGGGGUAUGAUGCUCGUCCGGUCCGUCCAAGUAUAGAAAGGGCGUUCAAUAAACUAGGCUACAGUACUUGUCCUGUCUCCAUCACUGCCUAUGGCGACCAAAACCAAACCCCUUGCCACGUCCUGCGAGGGCUGUCUUCCACUGGAGUCGCUGUUGUACAUACCAUAUCAGAAAGCACGCGUUCAGUCAUGCAUCGGGAUAUGGUGGAGUGGCGAGGUCAAAAUCCACCUCCGGCUACAAUUUUGAUCAUAUCCGAUCAAGUGGAAGGUGACUUCUCCUGGGAUCUUGCCCGGCUACAACAGCGCACUAGAUACCACCUUUUUCUGGCUUAUUCAAGCAAGCCUUGUAACGAUUUAUUCCUGCUCCGUUAUGCAAAUUGGCGCUGGGAGAAAUUACUAGAAGAAGAAGGAGGCACACCACCACUUGUGGCGACGGGUGGAUUAUCAUCUGCUGCCGUGUUUUAUUGCAAAUCGUGUAAUUUCAAUUGCCAAAGCCUGAAGACAGUCAGGAAGCAUCUCUCGAGUUAUAAGCAUGGACUGGAAGAUGCUAUAAAUUCUCCGGACUCACGACUCUUAUGUGUAACGAAGACUUGGGCAAAGAACUACCCGGCCACGCCUGAACACGCCACAGCUAAAAUGCAUGUGUUGUGGGACAUGAAUGACUCCCCUAUUCCCGAGGGGUAUGAUGCUUGUCGUGUCCGUCCAAGUAUAGAAAGGGCGUUCAAGGAACUAGGCUACACAGGUCCUGUCUCCAUCACAGCCUUUGCCGACCAAAAACAAACCCCUGAUCACCACCUUCUUGCGCUCUCUUCCACUGGUGUCUUUUUUGCUCAUACCCUUCCCUGUUAGUGUAUCCCAUUUCCCUGCUGUUAUAUAAUUAGUGUUUAAUUAAUUUUCAACUGAAAUUGUUUCCUUUGUUGAAAUAGGGGUCUUACACA